CUCGAGUUCCCCUCCGGCUGAAGGAUGCACGACUAUAACCAGGGGAUUAGUAAAUUCGGAAGUUGUGCAAAUUAAACGGAUACUGCGCUAGCAACGAUCGGGCGUAGACACCAUGGCCGAACCGGCUAGCAAUCUUCUGGUCCUUUCAAACCGGCUACCAUUCGUCCUCAAGUUCAACAAGGACGGCAAAUUGGAGAGAAAUUCGAGCGCAGGAGGUUUGGUGACAGCGGUAGCUCCAGUCGUGAUUGAGAAUGAUGGAAUUUGGGUUGGAUGGCCUGGUGCGUUGUACACUGAAGGUUCUUCCAUUCCUGAAUCGAAUCCUGACGACAAAUCUCCCUCGGCUCAGCUCAAGAGCAAAAAUAUAAUCCCAGUUGCAUUGGCUCCCUCGAUGUACCAGAGCUACUACAACGGAUGCUGUAACGAAACCUUCUGGCCACUCUUCCAUUCCAUGCCAGACCGAGCUACGUUUGCAGUUGACUACUGGAAGUCCUAUUCCAAAGCCAAUAAGAUAUUUGCAGAGAAAACAUUCGAAGGUUUACAGAGACUGAGUGGAAACAACGGUGACCCCCUGAUCUGGGUGCAUGACUAUCAUCUGAUGCUAGCACCUCUUUUUAUAAGAAAACAAGCGAAGUUGAAGGAAAUUCAUUUUAAACUGGCAUUCUUUUUACACAUCCCAUUCCCACCUUGGGAUAUCUUCAGGUUGUUCCCUUGGUCGGAUAAGAUUCUUCAAGGCAUCUUAUCAUGCGAUCUUGUUGGAUUCCACACCUAUGAUUAUUCAAUCAAUUUUAUUGACUGCUGUAACCGACGACUGGGUUGCAGAAUUGACCGGUCCGAAAUGCUGGUAGAGCAUGGCGGUCGGUCGGUGAAGGUAUGUCCUCUUCCGAUUGGAAUUCCGUUUGAACGCUUUUCUAGCUUGGCAGAAAAGGCACCAAAACUGUCGAACCGAACGAUCAUACUCGGCGUCGACAGGCUUGAUUACACCAAAGGGCUACCCCAACGGUUGAAAGCCUUUGAAAUGCUUUUGGCCAACUAUCCUGAACACAUUGAAAAGGUAGAAAUGCUGCAAAUAGCAGUACCCUCGAGGACUGAUGUGAAAGAAUAUCAAGACUUGAAAUUAGAAAUGGACCAGCUUGUCGGACGAAUCAAUGGAAGAUUUACAACUCCUAACUGGUCCCCUAUAAGAUAUAUCUAUGAUACUGUAUCUCAAGAUAUACUGGCUGGAUUUUACAGGGAUGCUGCUGUAGCUUUUAUUACACCUCUUCGUGAUGGUAUGAAUCUAGUAGCCAAAGAAUAUGUGGCUUGUCAAGUGAACUCUCCUCCAGGAGUGCUCAUUAUAUCACCAUUUGCCGGAGCAGGAGAGUCCAUGAAUGAAGCAAUAAUCUGCAACCCCUAUGAACUGAAAGCGGCAUCGGAAGCUCUCCACCGCGCCCUCACCAUGCCUGAGGAUGAGAGGAUUCUUCGAAUGAAUUAUCUAAGAAAAAGGGAGCAGAAAAGAGAUGUGAAGUACUGGCUCAACAAAUUUAUGGAUGAAAUGGAACAACUGAAUGAGGGAAAUGGCAAGCUUAGUAGGGUCAUACAACCUAUUACUCUAGAAGAAUUUGAUAAAUAUUUUGCUAAGGAGGACUUCCAGAAUAAAAAGUUGGCUCUGCUUCUUGAUUAUGAUGGAACACUUGCUCCUAUAUCACCACAUCCGGAUCUUGCAAUUUUGCCAGAACCUACCAAGCAACUUUUACAAAAGUUGGCAAACCAUCCUGAUAUCCAUAUUUCCAUCAUCUCAGGUAGGAAGAUUGACAAUUUGAAAAUGAUGGUUGGAAUUGAGAAUAUUACUUAUGCUGGCUCACAUGGCCUCGAUAUCAUCCAUCCUGAUGGAACCAAAUUUACACACCCCAUGCCCGCUGAGUAUGAAAAUAAGGCAAAGAGCUUACUGAAACACCUUCAGGAUCAGGUCUGCAAAGAUGGCGCGUGGGUUGAAAAUAAAGGCGUUUACCUCACGUUCCACUAUAGAAAUACACCGAUAGAUGCCCAACCUGAGCUUCUCUCCAAAGCACAAGACCUAAUUGAAAAAGAAGGAUUUGUCGUUAGCCAUGCGCAUUCUGCAAUUGAAGCGAAGCCUCCUAUCAACUGGAACAAAGGCCGUGCGGCCAUUUACAUCCUCAGGACUGCCUUUGGCCUAGACUGGAGCGAACGGAUCAGCAUCAUCUUUGCAGGUGAUGAUGUAACAGAUGAAGAUGCUAUCCAGGUGCUAAAAGGAAUGGCUUAUACGUUCCGAGUGACAAAUGACUUGCAGGUCAAGACUGAUGCAGAUGUACGCCUGUCAUCUAUCGACAGCAUCUAUACGCUCUUGUGCUGGGUGGAACGCCGAUUUGUCCUUUCUUCAGAAAAAAAAGAAAUCUCCUCUUCCCCGGCCAAGAAACCACUGGUUGAAAAGUAAAACGCUAAAUUCCAAAGACUGAGAAGAGAUCCGUUUAUUUUUCGACUCCAAUUUAUUGAGAAAUUCAAUAGCAUAUCAUUCCAUAAAAAAAAUGUAAAAGGUUUGUAAAGUAAAUUUAAAUGAUUUCAGUA